AUGCCAGCAUCAGUCAAUGUCGUAAACACAAUUUUUGUAUUGUUAGGAAGCAACGACAAUGGCCAUGAACCUAAUGAAGUGAGGUUGUUGAGUAAUCAAAAGACGGAGUGUUAUGAUUGCUGCAGAAGACUGAAGGCGACACUAUCUCUACUACGAACAUCAGAAAGUGUUGUUUUUUGGUGUGUGCCAAUCCCAAAUUUUGGUAGCAUUUUAUCUUAG